AAACAGCUGAUUCACUGACUUCAUUCUAAACAAACGAAAGAAAUUUAAAAAGGCAAAUAUCAAAGGGCAGAAAAUACUGUGAAAGGGUGAAAAACCAUAGAAUGUCCGCCCUAAUAAACGUUACUGGCGCGCGCCAUUUGCGGUUGGUUUUCCAACGCCUUACUGCAGUGCGUGGCAUCAGCCUCAGUUCAAAGAGUUACACCGACACCGAUGCACAACAAUCUAAAUCCUCAACAGAACAUUUUGAUAUUAUAAUUGGAGGUGGUGGACUAGUUGGCACUACGCUGGCUGUAGCACUCGCCAAAAAUAAGGUGCUCAACGAUAAACGCAUUUUAUUGCUGGAAGGUGCGCCACCAUUCAAAGGCUUCAACAUUGAAUCCCAAUAUGGCAAUCGUGUAUCGGCCAUUAACAACAACAGCGUGGAACUUUUCAAGUCAAUCGAUGCCUGGGACUAUAUGCAAGAGCGUCGGGUUAAGCAUGUCAAACAAAUGCAAGUAUGGGAUGCAUGUAGUGAUGCAUUGAUACAAUUUCAAGAUGAACACUACUCAGAUGACGUAGCGUGCAUUGUCGAAAACGAUCUUAUGUUGGACGCAAUGUAUGCACAAUUGUCUGAUGGCAAAAGUGCACCGAAUGUGCAGGUGCGCAAUAAUGCAAUAAUUGAGGGUUUGCGCUUGUCAGUGGAUACGGGCGAAAAGUACUCACAAGUACACCUUAAAGACGGACAAACAUUGACAUGUGAACUGCUAAUUGGUGCCGAUGGCGCAAAUUCAUUGGUGCGCAAGCAAAUGAAUAUUGAUGUAUUCACAUAUGACUAUGAGCGGCGUGGUGUCGUAGCCACAGUACAGCUAGAAGAUGCAUGCGAUAAUGCUGUGGCCUGGCAACGUUUCCUACCCACCGGCCCUGUGGCCUUAUUACCAUUAAGUGAGACGCUGAGUUCGGUUGUGUGGAGCACAACUAUACCGCACGCAAAGCAGUUGUUGGACAUGCCUGAUGCAGAUUUCGCGAAGGCACUCAAUGAAGCUUUCUUUAAGGAAUAUCCCAAGGAAGGCGUUGUUGUUAAUGCAAUGAAUACUUUAAAUUCACUCAUUGGUCGUAAUCCCAAUAUGAUAAGGCAGUAUCCACCAGGCGUAAAUGGCGUCAUAGAAAAAUCGCGUGCUUCAUUUCCAUUGGGAUUUCUACAUGCCGCUUCGUAUGUGUGCACUGGUGCCGCUUUAAUUGGCGAUGCCGCACAUCGCGUGCAUCCGUUAGCAGGACAAGGUGUGAAUUUGGGCUACAGCGAUGUGCGUGAGCUGGUUAAGGUGUUGGCCGAGGCGACAUAUGCUGGCGCUAAAAUUAGCGACAAGCACUAUCUCGUCAAAUAUGAACAGCGAAGUUUGGCGAAAAACGUACCUAUUAUGGUAGGCGUACACGGACUACACACGCUUUACUCGACUACUUUUACGCCUGUGGUUUUGCUUCGCAGCUUGGGAUUGCAGUUGACCGAUAGUAUUUUGCCGAUCAAAAAUUUGUUUAUGAAACGCGCUAUGGGCUAAAUGCUCUAAAAAGUCGCCACGCCUUUGACGAUAAUGUAAUUUUUUUGUAUUGCAUACGGUAUAUUUUUAAAUGUUGUAUGAACCUAAUUAUUAACGAUUGCGAAUAAAACUGGAACUUGCGCACAUUUUGUUCAAGUUA